AUGCUGGGGUUUUCGGGGCUCCCCUGCCAUGUCCACCAAACGCAUGCGAUGUCCCUCACCUUCGGAUCCCUGUGCCCGAGGCUGGAGGACAUCGAUGACGCCGUGUUCAACGACGAGGUGGAGCUGAAGUUCAACGCCUACGGCAUCCCGCUGGCGUAUGCCACUGCUUACAAGAAGGGCGGCAAGUGGGUCUUGCCAUGGCCUUGCAUGAGCUUUUGCGAGGAGCCGCGGAAGGGGCUGAAGGCCGCGGACAUCCAGAGCCGCCGCGAGGAGCGGCGUGCGGAGCGUGAGGAGGAGUUGGAGGCCGUUGCUCUGGAGAUCCAGCAGCGAAGAGAGGAGCACCGGGUGCAGCGCAGCACUCUGGAAAGCUUCACCCUGGAAGCCUGCCGCAGCAGCGUGGAGCAUCAGGCCUGGGCGGACAGCGCUUUCAGGCGGCGCGCGCAAGAGCUGGCGACGCAGGCCUUGUUGCAGGAGGAGGUGGUCGCGGCGCAGGAGCUAGUGGCGCAGGAGGAGGCCUCGGCGCGGCGGGUGCACCUGGAGCUUCGGACCCAGGAGGAUGCCACGCUCAGCGUGAUGAGCAACGCGGCCCAAGAGCGCCGUCACCUGCAAGCCAGGUGGGCGCAAACGAUGGCAGCUGCAGAAGCCUGUGCGAAAGGUUCGCCGGGCCUCAGAUCCGCCCUGGCUGCUGCGGAGCGCCACGCCGCCGAGCAGGCGAAGGUCGCAAGGCUCCGAGCGCAGCGCUGUGACGAGCUGCACGCGCAAUGCCAGCGGAUCGCAGAAGAGACGGCGCAGUGCCAGAGACACAGCGAGGAGAGUCUGCAGCUCUUUGCACGAGAGGCUGAGGAUGCCCGCUGGCGGCGAGCCGCUGAGGAGGCCUACCAGACUGGGCAGGCGCUUGAGAUGAUGGACUUCGAAAGGCGUCGGAUGCUCUUGCGAAGAGCGGCCAAGAAGACGUGAGAAAAA